UAAAGAAGAUUUGUGCAAAAUGUGCGCAAUUUGAGUUGUCCACGUAGAUUAUUCAAGUAAACACGCCUCACGGAUGUGUACAUGUAAUACAGUCAUUUCAGGAUUCAAGUAGUGCCGUAUGUUUGUUCUCACUGCUGCAGCAUAAACUGAAGUCGUCUCAGAAGGAUAAGGUUCGUCAGUUCAUGUCCUUCACACAGUCUGCAGAGAGAAUCGCUGUCUACUGUCUGACUCACCAUGACUGGAAACUAGAGCUGGCCACUGAUAACUUCUUCCAGAACCCUGAUCUGUACUACAGAGAAUCCAUGAAAACUACAGUAGACCGCAAGAAGCUGGAACAGCUGUAUAACCGAUAUAAAGAUCCUCAUGAUGAGAAUAAGAUCGGUAUUGAUGGAAUCCAGCAGUUCUGUGAUGACCUCUUGCUUGACCCCGCCAGUAUGAGUAUACUAGUAGUAGCGUGGAAGUUCAAAGCGGCUACACAGUGCGAAUUCAGCCGGAAAGAGUUCCUGGAUGGCAUGUCUGAGCUGGGUUGUGACAGUCCAGAGAAACUGAAGUUAAUUUUACCCAGAUUAGAACAAGAGCUGAUAGAUUCUGGAAAGUUCAGAGACUUCUAUCAGUUCACUUUCAGCUUUGCCAAGAACCCUGGACAGAAGGGUUUAGAUCUAGAGAUGGCUGUGGCUUAUUGGAAUCUCAUUCUGACCGGCCGCUUUAAGUUUCUAGAGCUCUGGAACACUUUCCUGCGGGAGCAUCACAAAAAAUCCAUCCCUAAAGACACGUGGAAUCUGCUUCUAGACUUUGGAAAUAUGAUUGAAGAUGACAUGUCAAACUACGAUGAGGAGGGUGCAUGGCCGGUCCUGAUAGAUGACUUUGUGGAAUUUGCACGGCCGAUCGUCAUGGCAGGAAAUCACCAGACUCUAUAACGACUGUUUGCCUCUCAGAGAGGGCGGUGGAGUCUCUCUAUGCCAACUUCUUUUAAUAAAAAGGCAAAAAAUCUAAAAGAAUGUUUAAAGUAAACACAGAGAUCUUUUAAAAUGUGCGAGGGUUUGAACAACACUGUCCUGGAAAAACCCAGAUUGCUUCUUCUGCCAUGCCUUUAGAGGGUGACGGUGAUGCAGGCCUGACCAUGAAACUUGAAAACUAUCUAGCCUCAAUAUAAAGUGUCUAAACCUCAAAGGAAACUAACAUACAUGUCAUGACGGGCGUGUGUUUUCAUAUCAGUCAGUAGCAUGUUGAAGCCCAUGAUGGUCGAUAUAUUAUAUAGAAGAAUAGAUUGUGCAUGUGUGGUUUAUUUUGUAAUGUAUACAGAGUAUUAAGUGGUGCAAAAAAAAGAAGGAACUAGGAAGAUUGGCUUUAAUUACUCAGUGUCAUAUUGACGAUUCAUAUGUAAUGGUUGCGUUUUAUUUUGAGGUUUAAGCAAACUGUUUGAGUUCAUGUGAAGACAAAAACAUUUGAAAGUGUAAAGAUCCCCUUUAACUCAGGGGUGCAAAUAUGACAAAAUCCACUUAGAUGUUUAGUUGUGAUAUAACAUGUAGCUACACACCAGCAGCAGAACCGCAAGAGUUACCGUAACAGACAUUUAUUAUAUGGACUAACAUAUUUGCUUUUCCAUGUUUAAGUUGCAUAACCCAUCGUUGCUUUUAUUGUUUUUACUCAAGUCUUCGGCAAGUCUCACGACUCGCAUGAUCCUACAGAAUCUAAUGAAAUAAACGUAAAGAAAUCAGAGCAGAGCUGUCGUUCAAACACUAGACAAUUCUGCUAGUAUCCAUGUUUGUCCUGUUCACAUUUUUGGUUUGACUUUGAUAAAUCAAACCCAUCAUAUCUAGCUUUUUGAAACUGCAGUUUGUUGUCUAGAGAUCACAUUAGUGUUUGCUGUUACUGCACGUUUCGACCAAGUUCAAAGGUGUCCGAUUCGGUUCGAUUAUUUCCAUUAAACACAACCGUAUUCUCUG